CUGGUUUCGAUGUCUCCAAUUGCUUUGCGGAUCUUUAAUUUUCCUCCCCUAUUCACACACGUAGACAUCGGGACUGUACUUUUAGUUAUAACCCGCGACAUGAUGGAUCCCCCAGCUGCUAGAGAGAGGGCUCCGUUGAGUAAUGUUUGCAACAACGUUAGUGUACAUUCGCAACAACCGCCACCGCCCGUUGCAGACUGUUUACAAAUGAACUCUGCUCUUCGCAAGGCGGAGACAAGUUUGUGUGACGACAAGUUUUUCCUCUAUCAUAUAAAGCCGGACAAAAUGUCCGAGAAUGAUCCCUUCACGCGUAUCUCGGACGAAAUGUUGUUACAUAUUUUCAAAUGGUUACCAAAAAAGACUCUUCUCCGCUGUGCUGAAGUGUGUCGCCGUUUCAACCGUGUAUCGAAGGACGACGCACUUUGGGUACGCAUUGAUUUGUCUGGACGGACGCUACGGUGCGACUCUCUCGUAACGAUACUCAACCACCGGUUAAACAUUGUGCGCAUGGCCCAAACUGAAAUACUUUGUCCGACACAAACACCCGUCUUUCCGUUCGGUAAGGCAAAGCUUCAAUACCUGGACCUCAGCAUGUGCACCAUCGACAAGGGUGUGCUUCGUGCGCUGCUCCAGAGCUGCUACGCCCUGCGGAAGUUGAGCUUAGAAAAUAUACCUCUCGAUGAUGCCAUAUGUAUGGAGAUUGCGAAAAACCAACAUAUGGAGUCUCUGAACCUAACCAUGUGUACGGGGCUCAGCGCUGAGGGUCUUUCGGCGAUUGCUGCCUACCUGACUCAACUACAGAAUUUCAACGUUGCCUGGACAUCCAUAUCAUCCGAGGCGAUACUACGUCUGGUGACGCUAAUAAGCCCAACGUUGAUGCGAAUCAAUCUGGCAGGAUGUCGGAAUACGCUGAUCGAUGAGUCACUGGCCACACUGGUGCGUCGAUGCCCAAACCUGGUGGAACUCGAUGUAUCGGAUUGUGCCCAGCUGACGUCGAAAGCGAUCGACUAUCUCUGCAAACUACCAAAACUAGAAUAUUUAAGCCUCUCGCGUUGCUACAACAUUAACACCACCUCCUAUCUAAAUUUAGUCCAUCUUGAAUCGCUUCUUUUCUUGGAUAUUUUUGGUCUCAUGUCGGACGCCACUUUGGUCGCGGUACAAAACGCAUUGGGCAGCAUAGGCAUCAACAAGUUUUACCACAGCUCCAUCGCGCGCCCUACGAUCGGCUCACGUAGGACAUCCAUCUGGGGCUUGAGGACACGAGAAUAA